UCCGCUAGCGAGGCGGCGCCGGGACCCUGCCCAGCCCGGAGCGGGAGCGGAGCUCGGCCGGGCCGGGCCCGCUGGAGAAGCCCCGCCCGCCUCCCGGGGGCCAUGGCCGAGCGGGCCGCUGCCCAGGCAUCGGAAUGGGACACAGAGGUACAAGCUCCCCUUAUCCCAGAUGUAAGUUUUAUGAAAGAAACCCAGCUGCAGACCGCAGCUAUUUCCUUGUGGACUGUGGUAGCUGCUGUUCAAGCUGUGGAGAGGAAAGUGGAGGCUCAUGCUAUGCGAUUGCUGAAUUUGGAGCGGAGAUCAGGGGCAGCUGAGAAGAAAUUUGUGGACUGCGAGAAAACAGUGGUAGAGUUUGGUAACCAAUUGGAAAGUAAGUGGGCUGUGCUGGGAACUCUGAUCCAGGAGUAUGGGCUGCUGCAGAGAAAACUGGAGAACAUGGAGAACCUGCUGAAGAACAGGAACUUCUGGAUCCUAAGAAUUCCCCCCGCUAGUAAAGGAGAAGACCCAAAGGUCCCAAUGGCGUUUGAUGAUGUCUCAAUCCAGAUUCCCCGGGAGAAGUGGGAGAAUUUGGAAGAGUGGCAGAAAGAGCUUUACAAGAAUGUGAUGAAGGGCAACUAUGAGUCUUUGAUCUCACUAGAUCAUGCCAUUUCCAAGCCUGAUAUUUUAUCGCGGCUUGAACAAGGGGAGGAGCUCUGUGCUGGGGAGAUGCAGGACUUGGAAGUGCGAGAGAUCCCUACAGAGUCUACCACAGAUGUCAUUCAUGACUUUCCACCUGCCCCAGGUACUUCUGUCUCUACCGGUCCCAGCACAGAAUCUCCCAUUUCUACCACGGACAUUAUGUCAUGGAUUAAACAAGAAGAGGAGCAGAGCACACGGGCUCAAGAGAAUGCUAAGGAACAAGAAACGCAUAGAAGUACCAGCACCACAGAUGAUAGGAUCUUGGUCAAACAUGAAGAGCGUCCUGAGGAGAGAGGUCCUGUGACCCAGGAACCGCCUGUGACCUUAUCAGGAAGAUCAGAAGCGUGCAUUUUCCAGGUAGCCAGCUGUGAAAGUCAGCCCAACUCAAACAUGCAGCUCAUCUCAAACACAACCCCUACAGCAAACAAUCUGGGGGAAUCCACUCAAGGUGAAACAGAGUUUGGUCAGUUUCCAAACGUCGCCGCCCAACAGGGAAGCCAACUGGGAGAAAGACCAUACUUGUGCAGUGAGUGUGGGAGGUGCUUCAGCCGGAAAGACAUCUUCAUAUCACAUCAGAGAACCCACACAGCCGAGAAACCCUAUUCCUGCUCCGAGUGCGGGAAAAAGUUUGCCCAGCAAUCCAACCUGAACAACCACUUCCGGCUCCACACAGGUGAGAGGCUUUAUGUGUGUUCCCAGUGCGGGAAGAGCUUCAUCCACCAGUCCAGGCUCACCUACCACUACAGAGUCCACACGGGAGAGCGGCCCUACAUGUGCACAGAGUGCGGGAAGGGCUUCACCGAGCAAUCCAAAUUAACAAACCACUACCGAAUCCAUACAGGCGAGAGGCCACACACCUGUGCCGAGUGCGGGAAGAGCUUCAGUCUGAAGAUAAGCCUUAUAAUUCACCAGAGAAACCACGCCAAGGAAAGGCCUUAUGAAUGCACUGAAUGCGGCUUAAACUUCAAUUGUCACUCAGGACUCAUCAGGCACCAGAUGAUUCACACAGGGGAGCGACCCUAUAAAUGCACAGACUGUGGGAAAGGCUUCAUGCGGAAGGAGCAUCUUCUGAACCACCAGCGACUGCACACGGGAGAGAGACCCUACCAAUGUACGGUGUGCGGGAAAAGCUUCAUUCGGAAGCAUCAUCUUCUGAAACAUCAGCGGAUCCACACUGGGGAGCGGCCCUACCAGUGCGCUGAGUGUGGCAAGAGCUUUAGGUAUAAACAGUCGCUCAAAGAUCACCUGAGAAUUCAUAGUGCAGAGCAGGGGCAGCCGGAAAUUUCUCAGGGCCUUUUGCAGGAAAUAGAAACUGGGCUCCUUGAUGUUAAAAUAGAAAAUACAUGGCUUCCUAGUUAUCCUGUAAAGAGCCAAACUCGGGGGGGGGGGGGGGAUCUCUGCAAAAGCUGCGUGCGCGGCCCCGCCCCGCCGCUCCCGGCCCCGGCUGCGCUCGCUCUGCUCCGCCCGGCAGCUGGGCCGGCCCGUGGCGAGGCGGCGCCGGGACCCUGCCCAGCCCGGAGCGGGAGCGGAGCUCGGCCGGGCCGGGCCCGCUGGAGAAGCCCCGCCCGCCUCCCCGGGGGGGCCAUGGCCGAGCGGGCCGCUGCCCAGGCUCCAGAAUGGGACACAGAGUCAUGGUGGCCAAUGUCUUUGCAGCCACCUGCUGUCCCUGAAGAAACUUCCCUGAGAGAAACCCAGCUGCAAAGAGCAGAGAUUUCUUUGACUGUGGUGGCUGAAGUUCAAGCCAUAGAGAGGAAGGUGGAUUCUCAGGCCGCACAGUUGCUGAAUCUGGACGGGAGAAUGGGGACGGCUGAGAAGAAACUAGUUGGCUGUGAGAAAACAAUGGUGGAGUUUGGGAACCAGCUGGAGAGUAAGUGGGCGGCGCUGGGAACUCUGAUCCAGGAGUACGGGCUGCUGCAGAGGAGGCUGGAGAACAUGGAGAACCUGCUGAAGAACAGGAACUUCUGGAUCCUGAGACUCCCCCCAGGCACUAAGGGAGAAGUCCCCAAGGGAUGGGAGAGUGCAGCCAAAUGGCAGAAGGAGCUUUGUGAGAACGUGAUGAAGGGGAACUUUGAGACUCUGAUCUCCAUGGACUCUGCGAUUUCCAAACCCAGCAUCCUGUCCCGGAUUGAAGGAGAAGAGGAGCCAUGUACCGGGGAUGAGCCGGAGGAGACAGAAAUCCCCAUGGAGCCCAGCAUGGACUCUCCGGUUCCUACACAUGAGAUUUCAUCCUGGAUUAAACAGGAGGAGGAGCUGUGUAUCAAGGAUCAGCAGGACUCGGAGGAGAGAGAGAUCCCUGCAGAUCUCAGAAUGGAUGUUGAGCUCACGAUCAAACCAGAGGAGCAACCUCCUGAAGAAGGCCCUAGCAACCGAGAGCCACCUGGGCCGUGGCCAGGCCCAGCAGAGGAGAGAGCUUUCCAGGGUGCUGAACAGGAAGCAGCUGUUGGGAGUCCUGGCACUUCAAUCAGCUCCCCAGGUAACAACCUGGGGGAACUUACUCAGCAUGAAAGAGAACUCAGAAGUGUUGCUGCCUAUCCCAGGGGCGAUGCAGGAAUAGCCCCCUAUGCAUGUGCCCGAUGUGGGAGGAACUUCACUCGAAAGGACGUUCUCCUGUCGCACGAGAGACUCCACACGGGGGAGAGGCCCUACACGUGUGCUGACUGUGGGAAGAGCUUUAGCCUCGAGAUCAGCUUUGUGAAGCACCAGAGAUGCCACACCAAGGAGCGGCCCCAUCCGUGUAACGAAUGCCAGAAGAGCUUCAAAUGCCACUCGGCGCUCGUGCGGCACCAGAUGAUCCACAGGGGAGAGCGGCCGUAUAAAUGCGACCAGUGCAACAAAAGCUACAGCCGCAAGGAGCACCUCCAGAACCACCAGCGGCUGCACACCGGGGAGCGGCCCUUCCACUGUGCAACCUGCGGGAAGAGCUUCAGUCAAAAGUUCGUGCUUGUCUCACAUCAGCGGAUCCACACGGGGGAGUGGCCCUAUAAAUGCACGGAGUGCGGGAAAGGCUUCAGUGAGAAAUCCAAGCUGACCAGCCACUACAGGAUCCACACCGGCGAAAAGCCCUACAGCUGCGCCCAGUGCGGGAAGAGCUUCCGCCUCAAGGUGAGCUUCUUAAGGCACCAGACGAGCCAUGGCAGUGAGAAGCCCUACCCAUGCACCCAGUGCGGCAAGAACUAUAGCUACCACUCAGGCCUCCUCCGGCACCAGCUGAUCCACGCGGGGCAACGGCCGCAUCAGUGCAACAAGUGCGGCAAAAGCUAUGCCGAGAAAUACCGCCUGCGGAAUCACCAGCGUGUCCACCUGGACGAAGGACCGCAGCGGUGCGUCCCAUGCGGGAAAAGCGCCUCGGAGAAGCAGGACCUCCUGAGCCACCAGCAGAGCCAUGCCGACGGACACCAUCAGCACACCAUGUGCGAACAAAGUAUCUGGCUCGUGGAGAGCGGCUUAAAGCACCAAAGAAACCACAGCAAAGAGAAGCCCUACAAAUGCAUUGACUGCGGGAAGAGCUUCAAGUGCCAGUCGGAACUCACCCGCCACCGGAGGGUCCACACGGGGGAGAGGCCUUACGAGUGCACCAAGUGCAACAAAAGCUACAGCCAGAAGUACCAUCUUCUCCAGCACCUGCGCAUUCACACGGGGGAGCGGCCCCACCAGUGCAGUGACUGUGGGAAGAGCUUCAUCCGGAAGGAACAUCUCCUGAAACACCAGCGGAUCCACACCGGAGGGAGGCCUCACCAGUGCAGCGAAUGCGGGAGAAGCUUCCACUAUAAGCAGUUGCUGAAAGACCAUCAGAGGGUGCACAGAGCGGAGCCAGAUCACCUGGAGGCUUCUCCAAGGACUGAAGCCUGGGUUCCUUAAUGCAGAAAUGGGUUCCGGCCUGCCACUUCUAACACGCAAUGGAAAUACAGUACAGUGGGUCUGCGAGUUAACACACGAACCAUGCCCUGAUCUGGCGAGCACUUAGGUGCAUGGUUAACUUUAAGUGUGUGACUUCAAUGGGACCAGUCACAUCCUUAGUUUUUUUUUGUUUUGUUUUGUUUUUGCAGGUUUGGGCUCCAUGUCUGUAUAUCUCAUGCAGCAACCAAAGCUGCUGAACCUCCUCAGAGCUGGAGGAAAAUUCACUGCCAGAGAUCGCUCACCCUUGGGGCUGGGAGGGAGCCAACACGGGGAGAAACCUGAGCCCUCUCUGGCAGACUGUGCUAAACUGGAAACUGACAAACUUUUGACAGCUAGAUUUCCCCCUGCCCCCCUCCAUGUACAGCAUGGGGGUCUCUCUCAUCCUCCAGCUGGUGUCUUAUGAGAAUUCUCAUCUCAGAUUUGUUUUAUACGUAGAGUUUGUGUAUGGCCCCCGGGGUUUCAGGCUUGCACGUGUCCGUUCUCUUCUAGCUAGGAGCUGUACGCUACUUGUGUUUUACCACUGUUCCCGUGUGAGGUUCUGGAAAGACUCUCUCUGGAAAAACAGAGGGUAAGUGAGCUAUUUCCCACUUGCAUGUCGUCUUCUAGAGACAGGACAGGACUGAUCAUGCAUGGCCUUUGGGGCUGGAGCCAGCCCUAUCCCGGCCACUCAAAAUAGGUUCUUUGGGGUGAGCACUGGAUUGGAAGUCAUGUGUUAAUCCUGGCUCUGUCUGGCCUUGGGCUGUGCCUCCAUGGAGAUGAUCUGGGGCUCCCUCGUUACGGUGCUGUCAGCAUCAAGCGAGUGCAGGGGUUUGAAUGGGUGAGCUGCUCAGUGUUCGAGGCAGUGUUUGCAUUCCUGCUGCUACUGGCUCGUGGCUGACCGCUGUGGCGGAACGUGUCUCUUCUAGAAAGGGGAAUGAAGGGCUUGUGUAGAGUUGUGGUUCUUCAGUGACCAUCCCGAGCAGUGGCUACUUGUCUAUAGUUUGUGCAAGUGGAAAAAAUACAAGCGAACGCUAGUGAUGCUGUAACAACAAAGAAACUCUUUCAAUGUGGUCUGUAGUGAGAGGGCCGUGUCUGGCUGCUGGCCUGUGUCACUACAUUCAGAAUGGAGGAGGGCUUGUACGUGACUUUGGAUAAUGUGUGAUUUUAUUGCAUUCAUCGGUUAUAAAUUAAACAUGUUUGAUUUACUAGA